AAGGCUGAAGGAAAUGGGACUGCCAACCUUACAAGAUAGAAGAGAAUGAAGAGACCUUAUAACAUGGCGCAUAAGAUAGUUAAUGGCAUUGAAAAGAUAGACACACAAGACCUGUUACUGGUGACAGAAGAAGCUGGAAGGACAAGAGGACAUGCAAAGAAGAGGCAGUGUGAAGGAUAUUUGGAAAAAAAAAAGAAAAAAAAUUACAUAGAAUGUUGGAAAGUGGAAUGCAUUAAAUAAUGAAGCAUAGCUUUAAAGAAAUAUUAGAAAAGAGGAGAUAUGGUGACAGGAUACUGAGCCCCCCUCAAACCAAGUACAAUACAACUAGAUAAACACAAAAUACUAAAUACACACACUUGUACAUUCAAUCCUUCACUAUUCAUUCACACAGCUAUUGCAUAUUCCAGGUUAGGUUACUAGUGUUUUCUUUCCUGUGUGUGUGCGUGCGCCCGCCCGCGCAUUGUUUCAUAAUUCAUGUCUGUAUAUAUGUUAACUUGUUUGUAUUUACAGUGUGUGUGUGUGUGUGUUACUAGACAAGUUCAUGUGGUCAGCUGAAAUGCCUUGCUAUGUAUAUUACUCGAUCUGCUUGCCUCCUCAUUUAAAACUGUUAUUGAAACCGUGUAUACUUAUGCACUGUAAAUAAAUGUUAUCCUGUAUAAGGUCCUGGUUCAUGAUGUGCCUUUUAAUUUACUGUUUAAACGUGUGCCUAUAAUGCAGGAUGUUUUUCGAGGGAUAAAAAAAUAACUGCUGUGUUAGAGCCGGAUCCCCUUUGUGGCCACAUGAGUCCUGGAGUAUACCUGAAAAUUACGCUUGGCAGCUAUCCCGUCUUCCUAUAAGGAAAGCAGAAAUGGUGAUAUUGUAACUUUUAGGAAAGAAAUCACGCGAAGAUCAGGAUCGUUGUGUUCACUCGGCGUCACAACAAUGGCAGAGCUCGGCGGGCCCACAUAUGCAUCGCUAACCCCGGCCAAUCCCACCAUCAUUAAUGGUCUGGCCGCCGUUGACAUGCAAACGGGCCAACACCUGCCCCCCCACCCCCAGCAGGUGAUGAGUAGCGGCGAGCAUGGCCUGGUGAGCAUGGUCGCCGCCACAGUCAUGCCGCCGCCCCCCGCCACCCCAGACCAGCCCUCAGGGGUCUCCACAGGCGCCGGCCCCGCCGCCCCUGGUGCUCCGGCGCUGCCACAGGACGCUCAGGCCAACACUGUGGACAGACAUAAUCUGGUGGCCGUGCUGCAGUUCCUCAAGAAUAACGGACUGAAGAGGACUGAAGACUUCCUGCGCCAGGAAUGUAACUUCUUUGACAUAGUUGAUGAUGAGAAGCAGGGACUGGGGGGUGACACGGAGGUUUCCAGUGUGUUGUCAGCGUACAAGAGUGAAGGAGACCCGGCCAAGUAUGAGGAUGCUUACAAGGCACUCCAUUCUUUUAUUGAGAAGAGUUUGGAUCCAUACAAGCAUGAAGUGGCACAGGUGCUGUACCCAGUGUUUGUGCACAUGUACCUUGAGCUGGUGUACAAUGGGCAUGAGGAGGUGGCCAAGAACUUCCUGGAGCGACUCAAGGGCACACAGGAGGAAUAUUACCAGGAGGACAUCCACCGCCUGUCCCUUGUCACCAACCGGGAACACAUGUCAGGCUACCAAAUCAUGGAUAACUUUAGAUCAAGCCAGUUUACAAUUAGACUUUCCCGUGACACCUACUCCCACCUGAAGCGGUUCCUGACAGAAAGUGGCGGAGGACCUGUCCCAAGAAUUAUUCAUGACCGACUGUACCUUGACGUGUAUGAGGGAGUGCCAAGGACUAAGGCACAAGUGACGGCCACAGCAGGUGCUCAGGAAGGGGAGGCACCCAGGCAAGUUAACAAGGCAAAGAUCUACUAUGGACUCUUGAAAGAACCUGAACUUCCUAACCUUGCGAUGGAGGAGGAGGAGGGCGAGGAGGAAGGAGACAAGCCCAAGAAGAAGAAACCUAAGAAAGAUGCAUUACAGAAGAGCAAGAAGAAUGACCCCAAUGCUCCACCAGGAAACAGAAUACCUUUGCCUGAGCUGCGAGACAUAGACCGGAUGGAGCGAGCCAAGGCCUUCCGAGACACACUGAAACGCGUCACACUGCAGAAGGACACUCUACCAUCCAUCUGCUUCUACACCUUCCUGAAUGCAACGGGGAACAUCACAUCAGUUGACAUAUCGGACGACUCAAGCAUUCUGGCAUAUGGGACAUCAGAUUCUCAGAUUAGAGUUCAGAGCAUCACGCCCAUCAAGCUGAGGUGCAUGAAGUCUGCAGAGCAAUUGAGUGACAUCGACAAGGAGGCUGACGACGUGUUGGUGCGCAUGAUGGAUGAGCGUACAGCCGAGCCAGUGCGCACACUUUUGGGUCAUGCAGGGUCUGUGUAUUCUGUCAGCAUGAGUCCUGACCGUAACCUUCUGCUCAGUGCUGGGGAGGAUGGCACUAUCCGCCUGUGGAGUCUGCAGACGUGGACAUGCUUGGUGGUGUACAAGGGCCACAUCUUCCCUGUUUGGGACGUGCGGUUCUCCCCCUACGGCUAUUACUUUGCUUCAGGGGGACACGAUCGCACCGGCCGUCUCUGGGCCACAGAUCACCACCAGCCUCUCAGAAUAUUUGCUGGACACUUUUCUGAUGUUGAUGUCGUUCAGUUCCACCCAAAUAGUAAUUAUGUGGCAACAGGCUCCAGUGACCGCUCCAUUCGAGUGUGGGAUUGUCUCAACGGCAACUGUGUGCGUGUGCUGACCGGCCACAAGGAUAUAAUUGACGCUUUAGCAUUCUCACCAUGUGGCCGAUUCCUUGCUUCAGCUGGUGGGGACAAGCGUGUGCUAGUGUGGGACAUGGCACACGGCCACCUCAUUGCUGAGAUGGCCUCACACACAUCCACCAUCUAUGCAAUUGCCUUCUCCAGAGACUGUAAUAUUCUAGCUUCUGGUGGGAUGGACAAUUGUGUCAAGCUUUGGGACUUUAGCCGUGUGAUGGAGGAUAACCAUGAGGACGACACCAAUGUGACCAACAAUCCUGAUGUGAAGCGCAGCAAUGAGUCUCUUCUGCUGGGCACCUUCCCCACCAAGAACACACCAGUUCUGGCUGCUCACUUCACACGCAGGAAUGUCCUCCUUGUUGCUGGGCCUUUUGACGGCUGAGAUGAGUUGAGUUUUGAAAUCCACAAUGAUUCUUCUGCUCAGCUUUUUAUUCCUUUAAUACUUGUUUAUAUCAAUUUGCUGUCUUGAUGGGAUUUGGAAGGAAUUAGUGAGUGGAGGUUGUGUCAUUGUUUCUUUAUCGUUGUAAGUUAUAACUUCUGAAUCUUUGGCAAAACAUGGAUAAGUGCAUGCCAAUUAAUCUUUCCCCAUCAGAACCAACUAUAGAAAAGCAAGACAGCAGCUAAUCACUGUAAUGAUAGGCUGGGUAGAGAACAUUGACAACGAACCAUAAAAAGUCAACAAUUAUGACAUGUUGCAUUAAACUUAUCAUAUUAGGAUGCAAAUCUCUUUUCUUCAGUGGAUGUCAUAAUUCACAACUUCAAUAGGUAUCAGGCAGGUAUUUCAAAAAUAAUUCUUUCACAAUUCCUAAGUAAGACUAUUAUUGCAUUUUGGUGUAUAACAAAUUACCAGCACUUUUGACUGAUUAGGAUCAAGCACUGUCCUGGAUCUAAGUUUACAGUGGAUCAAUAGAAUUACUUACGCACCCAGGAGAAAGUAAGCAAAGAAAGGUCUUACAACACCUAGAGUUAAUUUGAAAAAUUAUAGUAUAAGCAUGCUUGUGGUAAUAGAAAUAACUGACAGGUACAACAUGCAUGCUUGUGAUCUUAGAAACAACCUAGAGUUGAUAAGGAUAGGCAUGCUUGUGAUGUAGAGAACUUGAGACCUCACUUUUAAGGGAUGUCACCGGCUAAAGACAAAGAAAGAAUAGUUGGAUCAUUAAAAUGGUUUAUAUAUUUCAAAUUAUAGUACUGACAAAUGUGUACAAAGUUUAAAAAUUCUUUUGAAGAUUUUCAGGAUUUCUAUAUAUAUAUAUAAAGUCCUCGGUUAAUGCUUGUAUAUAUCAUUGUAGGAUUGAAUGUUUGCUUGAGUUGUAAUGUUUCAUCUUCAUUCUUAGUGUGGAAGCAUUAAUAGAGCAUUAUUUCUCAAGACUUUGUGAGAAAUUACAUUCAUGUAAAAACCAGUUACAUUAAGUGAGGACUUAAAAUUUAAGGUGUACAUACAAUUAUUUAUUAUUUUUCUACUUCAUAAAUGUUCAAAAGUUAUUUUUAGAUAGACAUAAGAUUAGUUGAUGGAGGAGCAUCGCAUCACUUCUUGGUCAAUCACUUCACCCAAUAGAAAUUUACAUCUUGUCAUUCGAAACCAUCUAUGUUAUUGCGAGGCCUUGUGAUGUUCUGACUGGGCAUUUGUUUCUAGUUAAUAAUGCCUUAGUAAAAUUUGUAUAUAAAGUUA